GUACAAGUUUGUAGAACACACAAAAUGCGAAAAUAAUACUAUUAUUUUGGUGAAUAAUAGGCUAAUAGUAGCCAUUAAUGCAAAACACAUAAUUACGUGUGCAAGUAAGAGUAAAACACACAAAUCAAAUAUGCCUAUAUAAAGAAAGAAACUGAAACUUGAGCAAAUCAAGAAAAGCAUCUGUAAAAAAUGGCGGAUAAUUCAGCAACCACUCCACCGUCAAUUGAUGGCAACGUUCUCGUGGCCAAGUCACUUUCUCAUCUCGGCGUCACCCACAUGUUCGGCGUCGUUGGAAUCCCCGUCACGUCUCUAGCUAGCCGAGCUAUGGCUCUUGGUAUACGUUUCAUCGCCUUCCACAACGAACAAUCCGCCGGAUACGCCGCUUCCGCUUACGGUUACCUCACGGGUAAACCCGGUAUCCUUCUCACGGUUUCGGGUCCGGGUUGCGUUCACGGGCUCGCGGGUCUUUCCAACGCUUGGGCUAAUACUUGGCCGAUGGUGAUGAUCUCUGGUUCUUGUGAUCAGAGAGAUGUUGGUCGUGGAGAUUUUCAGGAGCUUGAUCAGAUCGAAGCUGUGAAAGCUUUUUCGAAAUUAUCGGAGAAAGCGAAAGAUGUUCGAGAAAUCCCUAAUUGUGUUUCUAGGGUUUUGGAUCGAGCUGUUGCGGGUCGACCCGGUGGGUGUUAUCUGGAUAUUCCGACUGAUGUGUUGCGUCAGAAGAUUUCGGAAUCGGAAGCGGAUAAAUUGGUGGAUGAGAUUGUGAAAUCUCUAAAGCAAGAACCGAUUCGUGAGUCUCUGAGAUCGGAGAUUGAAUCGGCGGUUUCGUUGCUGAGGAAAGCUGAGAGGCCAUUGAUCGUGUUUGGUAAAGGAGCUGCGUAUUCGAGAGCAGAGGAUGAGCUGAAGAAGCUUGUUGAAAUUACUGGAAUACCCUUCUUACCAACUCCGAUGGGUAAAGGUUUGUUACCGGAUACACACGAGCUCUCGGCGACUGCGGCGAGGUCUCUUGCUAUUGGGAAAUGUGAUGUUGCUUUGGUGGUCGGAGCUAGGCUUAACUGGCUUCUUCAUUUCGGAGAGUCGCCUAAAUGGGAUAAAGAUGUGAAAUUUAUAUUGGUGGAUGUCUCUGAGGAAGAGAUUGAGCUUAGGAAACCUCACUUGGGCAUUGUUGGAGAUGCUAGAACAGUGAUUGGAUUGUUGAACAAGGAGAUCAAAGAAGAUCCUUUUUGUUUGGGGAAGUCUAAUUCGUGGGUGGAAUCGAUUUCAAAGAAGGCGAAAGAGAACGGUGAGAAGAUGGAGGCACAGCUUGCUAAAGAUGUGGUUCCUUUCAAUUUCUUGACUCCUAUGAGGAUAAUCAGAGACGCUAUUUUGGCGGUGGAAGGACCGAGUCCUGUUGUGGUAUCGGAAGGAGCUAAUACAAUGGAUGUAGGAAGAUCGGUAUUGGUUCAGAAAGAGCCAAGGACAAGGCUUGAUGCAGGAACUUGGGGAACUAUGGGUGUUGGUUUAGGUUAUUGUAUUGCUGCUGCUGUUGCUUCUCCUGAUCGGCUUGUUGUUGCGGUUGAAGGAGACUCUGGUUUCGGAUUCAGCGCCAUGGAAGUUGAGACAUUGGUUCGAUACAAUCUACCUGUGGUGAUUAUAGUCUUCAACAAUGGUGGUGUCUAUGGUGGUGAUCGAAGGGGACCUGAAGAAAUCUCAGGUCCUCAUAAAGAAGAUCCAGCACCAACAUCAUUUGUUCCUAAUGCAGGCUACCACAAGCUCAUUGAAGCAUUUGGAGGCAAAGGUUAUAUAGUGGAGACACCCGAUGAGCUUAAAUCCACUCUCGCUGAGUCGUUCGCCGCAAGAAAACCCGCAGUGGUUAACGUCAUCAUCGAUCCUUUUGCUGGUGCUGAAAGUGGGAGAUUACAGCACAAGAACUAAAAGCUUUGUGGAGAGAUUUAAUAAUAAUGUUGAAGUUGUUUGUUGUGAACAAAAAAAAAAAGAAGCGUUUUAGAUUUCAGUUUUUGACUAUUGUAAACCGGAUCAUAACCGGUUCAGUUUAAACCACGAUUGAAUAAAAUACACGUUUCCGGUUCAA